CGACGUCCAGUACCCGACGUUGAAUGUUGAGGAGACAGAAAAAGCACCCAUGAGCCCGGCACGGAGCGAGUCUGCAAUGAGCUGGCGAGCCAACACUCCUCCCCGCGCAUCUGGAAGCCAGGUACAACAGGACAGUGCCAUGGAUGAGGCCCAAGAGGCGCCCACUGCAGAGAACCCGGCCUACGAGGAUUUUGGUGAUAUUUGGCAAGAGGAGGCUAGUCGCUCGGUGAUCUCGAUAAACCCAGACGAAGUCCCAACUGAAAAAUCUCCUAAAGUACAUGAUCUCUUCACAGACGCCGACGUUGUCAGGCCUGCUCGCGGCAGAACCACCCGAACCUGGCGGAGGAGGAGGAUGAAUGACGAAGCGGAAUCACUACAAGGACCUGCUGUAACACGUACAGGACCAGCAGUCACUCACCAGGCUGAAGAAAAGAAUGCGCCUGAAGAACAACCCAAACAAGUCGAAGUAGUGAAUGCUGGGGGCGAGGAAAGCGACGACACCGGCAUGUUCUUCCAGUCCAACGUACCCGAACAGAAGCGUCCUUCGCGAUUUGAGAGGCGGCGACCAAGAAUACAGGAGGCAGAGAAGGUGAGCAUUGUUGAGCUUCUCGAACAGGGUGAGAGCUUUGUACCAGAGUCUUCUCCGCCGGUGGCCGCAAAAAAGACGACUCCACCAGCCAAGCCAAACCCGUUUCUAGAUACACCGCCUCGUUUCCAGGCACUCAUGAGUUCGCCCAAGAAGAGCAGUCCUUUGAGGCGGGAGCUUCACAGUGGCGACAUUUCGACAAGCUCUGUACAGCAGUUUGAGGAGUCUACAUUGCCGCUCGCACAAAGCUCGCCGUUCCACACAGUUGUCGAUGGAGAUAGCAAAAUCUCCGCUGCAUCAGAUCAACGGCAGUUCCGGGUGGAGAUGGAGGGAGAUACCGCCUCAACCAUUGUCCGUGUGCGAGAGGAGGCCAACGAGUAUCUUGACGCAUAUGAGCCGCAAGAGCAGAGCUUGAAUGAGAUCACAGAAGUCACCGAACCGAGCCAAACACGAAUAGAACAGAGUCUCUUGCCAUCAAGCCCGCCAACGAUGCAGCGGCGGUUUGAGCAGCGGCUGCUCUCAGCCCGUAAGCCUUCACCGCUUUCCAAGUCGAUGCAGCGGCCAGACGACGUACACAUACCCUCACGACAAGAUUCAGCGCGUGCCGAAGAGCCGCAGGUAAUUAGCUCAUCGCCUGAGCCCAGCUCCAGCGAAGAGUCAGAAACCAGCUCCAGACCAGGCACUCAACCAGAAACACAACCUGGUCUGGCUUCGAGCGUCAUGUCAACGUCCCACUUGGCUCAGUCACUGCCACAUCCCAUCCUCUCUCGCAUGACGCCGCUCCCAAAGGUUGAGCCCUGGACGAGGACACACUACAAAGCGCUCGACAAGCUCUACGCAAUGCACCUCAAGCACCCCGCUCUCUUUUGCCCCUUUAACGUCCCUCCGACACCCCUAUCAACUACAAACGGCCAACUCCUCCGUCGAUUCCUCGCCGACAACGGCAACCUGCCCUACGUCGGCGCCGUCUUCCACGCUUGGGGUUACAGCAUGGUCAUGACGGCAGAGCUUGUCGUUCUCUGCAGUGUUUUCAUGGACGUGAUGAGCCUCGGCAGCGAAGCAGAGUACGAGCGCGUUACCGGAAAGAGGCUGCAGGUGGGUGACUGUGCACCCGGCAGGCUUGGCGACUGGAUCUCGGGCGAAGAUGUCCUGCAGCGGCUUGCUACCGUCGUCAUGGGCGAGAGCGUCAGGAGAGAUGAGCGCGCGGGUCGUGAGAUUGAUCGCUCCAGGGGGCUGCAGAUUGAGUGGCCGCAGAGGAUGCGGUGAGCUUCAUUGCCUUUUACCAAUUGAUUGGAGUUUGGGUGUUGGGACACGGAUACCAUGUGAUGAUUUCUGGAUAGCGUUCUCAGGUGUUGGGUUGUCAGUUGUUUCUUGGG